AUGACUAUCUUGCAUUUCAUAGUCGCCCCAUGGCGACUCCUUCUACUACUUAGUGCGUUCAUCAUCUUAGUCGACUCGGUUAAUCUCAAGGAAAAGCUCAAGCCAAACGGGAAGCUCGGUGUGACGCUCGACUAUUCUUUUGCAAUCUCCUGGCCAGAGCGAAUACCGGCGAACGCACCUAUUAAACGUAACCUCCUAUUCAGCAGUCAUUUGAAAUUCUCCGAUUUGGUCUUGACCAUCACAGACGGGCAGCUCUUCAAGAUUACGCUUGAUGCAUAUGACGAGAUGGUCGUUGAGGCAAACCGGUAUAGCGUCGGAAAGAGGCAGAUACCAGGUACUAUGACAGCCUUGGCUUUCGACAAGGAGAUAAUCCUGGUUUCAUCGCAAAAGGGGCAAUCCUUUACCUACGAAUCUUCGCACCCCUCGCCCGUUCUUGAGACACUCCAACUUUGUGAGGCCACCUGGAAAGAAGACCGGGGGAUAGCUGACGACGAAUCGAAGCCACACCGAAAUAAUGGGCAGUGUGGCGAGCCCAUGGCCGCUCAUCUCUAUUACCAUAGCCGCGAUAUUGAGGUCCCUUUAUCAGAGCAGAGGGCGAGAGUGGUGACGGUGGGGCCUAGAGUGGACAAGCAAGAUGGUCUCUUCAAAGUCGGCUAUAUAGGGCCCUGUGGAGAGGAGGAGGGCGGGAGAGGGGGACCGAAUUGGGGAUGCGGUUUGUUCGUAGAAAAGAUGGGGAUGGUCACCCUUGAUGGGGCUAUUGCUGCGGAAUCCUAUGACUUGGACUCGCUUGCAGGAGGGCCAUCGAUUGGCCAGACCGAAUUGUGCGGGACAUUGUAA